AUGUUCUCCUCUUUCUUUACCACUGCACCCCCCACCGACCCAAAGGCUCCGAAUCUAUUCCCUGUCUCGGAGAACCCAGAUCUCCUCGGGGAGCUGGAGGCGAAGGAUCUUGAGUGGACAUGUGCAGGAGGCUUCGUUACAGAAACUCAGAUCUUUUAUCAAUUCCUACCUGAUGGGACGAUGUUGAUGUGUCAAGUGAUCCACUCGUCAAUUGGAGUGUGGUACCCUACCAUUCAGUUCACAUGCAAGGUCUACAACCCUGCAACGAAAGAAACGAUUUGGCGUUCUGUCAAUGUUACAAACUUUGUAACCGCACCCCCUGGUCUCGACAGCAGAUCCAGCAAGGCAGAUCAAUUCUCUAUCACCCACAAGUCUUCAUCGGAUGGUUCUCAUCCUGAAAUGUACACCAUUCGCGCAAACCUCUCAAAUGACUUGCAGAUAUCUCUCGAUGUUUCACGGCCCUCUGCUGUACCCGGAUUCAAGAUCGGAAAGGGGCCAAAAGGGGGAUACUCGUACUUUGGGUCAGAUCAACAGAAACCAGAUGGCUACGUCAUCCAUCGCUUCUGGCCUCGUACUAAAGUCAGCGGUCACAUCAUCCAUAAUGGUCGUGCAAUCGCUGCCGAGGGCCACGGCAUGCUCGUCCAUGCUAUCCAAGGCAUGCGUCCAAACUUGAUUGCAUCGCGAUGGAACUUCGCAAACUUCCAAAGCGACGCUCAUGGUGGCGUGUCUGCAAUUCAAAUGGAAUUCACAACUUUGGAUACCCACGGACGCUACGGACCCGGCUCUGGCGGAGCAAAAGUCAACGUUGGUUCAUUGGUGCUUGGUGGGAAGCUAGCUGCGGUCACAGCAGAGACUAGAUGGCCAGGCGACGAGCAGCCUGAGAAGACAGUAGUGUCGCGUGCCCAUCACAUCAGCCCUGUCCAUGAUCCGGACACUGGCUACAUGCAGCCUACUGCGGUUGAGUUCAACUGGGCAGGUCCAUCUCUGCUGCAGGGUGUCGAGGGUUCUGUUGAAGCAUCUAUGCGUAUCGAUGUUGGCAGUCCAUCUUCACCUAAGGGGUUAAUCGAGAAGGUGGACGUCCUCGCAGAGAUCCCGUAUGUGCUCAAGACGAUGGUCAACUACGUUGCUGGCACAAAGCCAUAUAUUUACCAGGUAAUUAGAUGUUAUAAUCAAUUUAUCCGAGAUCUAACCGUAAUCUGA